AUUAUAAGUAAAAUUGAGAUACCUAACCUGAACCACAACCUAACCUCAUAAAAUUUGACAGAAUAAAUAUUAGAUAAAGGAUAAACUAAGUAGUAAAGUUUUAUAAUGUGAUCCAAUUGAAUAUCAAGGUAUUCAAGUGUUGUUAUUUUCAUUUGUUUUAUUAGCAAUAGAAUGUCUAACCUACAGCUCAAAUGUAAAAAAUGUCGAAAUGUUUUGACCGAAGACUUCAAAAAAGGUCCAUUGUCAGCACAUGGACUUUUAUUGGACACUGAGAAUGUACGGGAAGCAAAUAAGCAUUGCUUAAAAAAGUCACCUGAAGUUUUUUACUUUGUCGAAAACUGCAUGCCGAGGUGGAUUCGUGAAAGAGUAGACGAUGCUAACUGGUUGAAAGGAAAACUGACAUGUGCACAAUGCUCGGCCAAACUGGGUUCUUUUGACUUCGUGCAUGGCUCAAAGUGCGACUGUGAUGCUUUUGUUCUACCGCCAGUUCACUUGAUCAGAAGCAAAGUUGAUUAUGCGCCAUAUUGAUAUAUUACCAUAAUGUUCAUUACAAUCACAGAUGAAUGGAAAUUUUAGUCCUUUCAUCUGAUUGAUGUUUCUUAAUCUCCUUUGAGUACCGUAUGUAAUUUAAUUGUAAGUACCGUAUGUCGGGAUAUGUAAUUUCAACAAUUUUAUUAAUGUAAAUAUUGUGCAAAUUUUAUUUUAUACAAAAUUAAUACAAAUAUGUAUUAAACACAAGAUUAAUUUUAAAAGCUCAAUUUUAAUUUCUUUCUGGGAAUUUUUCAAAUCAUGUUAGUUGUCCUUAUCAUAAACUUAUGUAGUUUCCUAGACUACUUUUCUUAGAUAAUUAAAUUUACUCUAAAUCUUAUACUAGAUUCCUAAUUUUUACUGAAUAUUGGAUAUUUCAAAGUAAACUAUAAUACUAUGAGAGAUG